AUGGUCAAGGGAGGUGUUGCGUUCCUGGCCUUUGCUGGCCCAGCUCUGGCAGGAGUCAUUGCCCGCGCCUGGUGUGGCUACUGGCACGGCCCUCCUCCCCCUCCCCCUCCCAUCCAGUUUCCUACUGGUACUGCGCCUCAACCCAAGCCUACCACCAGCCAUGGGACCGCUCCUAUUAAGCCAACCACCAGUAUUGGAACGGCCCCUAUCAGGCCUACUACCAGUAUUGGAACGGCCCCUAUCAGGCCUACUACCAGUAUUGGAACGGCCCCUAUCAGGCCUACUACCAGUAUUGGAACGGCCCCUAUCAGGCCUACUACCAGUAUUGGAACGGCCCCUAUCAGGCCUACUACCAGUAUUGGAACGGCCCCUAUCAGGCCUACUACCAGUAUUGGAACGGCCCCUAUCAGGCCUACUACCAGUAUUGGAACGGCCCCUAUCAGGCCUACUACCAGUAUUGGAACGGCCCCUAUCAGGCCUACUACCAGUAUUGGAACGGCCCCUAUCAGGCCUACUACCAGUCAAGGAACGGCUCCUAUCAGGCCUACUACCAGCUCUGGUACGGCUCCGAUCAGGCCUACUACCAGCUCUGGUACGGCUCCGAUCAGGCCUACCACCAGCUCCGGUACGGCUCCUAUCAGGCCGGGCACUACUGAAACCACUGUCGGCCCCAUCCCCACCAACGGUACAACGGUGAUCCCACCUGCAACCGUUACUACUCAUACGCCUGUACCAAUCCAGAACAGCACUGUUAUCCCCACUCAGUCCACCCAGCCGCCAUUCCAGAACACCACGGUUCCUGUUGUUCCUGUUGUCCCCACUCAGUCCCCUCAGCCGCCAGUCCAGAACACCACGGUCCCUGUUGUUCCCGUUGUUCCUGGUCAGAGCACUGUCCCCGCUGUUCCUGGUCAGAGCACUGUCCCUGGUGUGCCUGGUCAGAGCACUGUCCCUGGUGUGCCUGGUCAGAGCACUGUCCCUGGUGUGCCUGGUCAGAGCACUGUCCCUGGUGUGCCUGGUCAGAGCACUGUCCCCGCUGUUCCUGGUCAGAGCACUGUCCCUGGUGUG